AUGUCCUCUGCCUUUCGGGUAGUUGAACACUCUGUUAAUGCGCAGCAGAUCCGAGAGUAUCCCGCCGCGACGGCAGGCAGACAGGAAGAUGUUCUCCAGCUGGCAGUCAAACAAUACGUGCCUCUCAGCAACCCCGACCCUCAACCAGGCGACCUGAGCAUCAUCGGUGCCCAUGCAAAUGGCUUCCCGAAGGAGCUAUAUGAGCCUUUGUGGGAAGACAUAUACCACCGCUUGAAAGCGAAAGGUAUUAGGAUCAGCGGAAUCUGGAUCGCGGAUGUCGCCCACCAAGGCCAAAGUGGGGUAGUAAAUGAAAGCAAGCUCGGGAAUGACCCGUCGGUUUUGGAUCACGCUCGAGAUCUUCUGUUGAUGAUCAACCAGUUCCGUGAACAGCUGCCCAGACCUAUUGUCGGGAUUGGACACAGCGUCGGAGCAGUUCAGCUAAUUGCCCUGUCUCUGCUACAUCCCCGGCUCCUCCAGUCCCUGGUUCUCAUCGAACCCCCUAUGUCACCCAUCGCGAUCAGCCAAGGCGCCCUGGCCACGAUCAAAGCAUCCACAUUCCGGAAGGAUCUAUGGCCAUCCCAUGACGCAGCCAGAACGGCUAUGCUGCAGAAAUCGUUCUACCAGCGUUGGGAUCCUCGGGUGUUCGACCGGUGGAUCGAACACGGGCUGCGCGAUACCCCGACUACGCUCCAUCCCGAGCCCGGGGCAGUGACACUGACGACGACAAAGUCUCAUGAGGUUCUCACAUAUCUGCGUCCGUUGUACGAGACACAGCAUGAUGCAACUGGAAUCUGUAAACCCGAUAAACUCGCCUACCCCGAUCUUGACCCAACAAAGCUUGCCCCGGAUAGCGUUGGCUAUAACGCCGGUGUGGAUUUUGUGUGGCAGAAUCUACCGACAUUACGGCCCACGGCACUUUAUAUUGUCGGUGGCGCGAGUCACUUGGGGACGUCGGAGCUGCAGACGCUGAGACUGGGUCGGACAGGCACGGGGGUUGGGGGGAAUGGGGGAGCCCGAACUGCGGGCGUCGGCCAUGUCACUAUUCCCAAUGGCGGACACCUUCUUCCCAUGGAGAUGGUCGAGGGUACUGCUGUGGCUGCUGUAGAGUGGCUAGCACUGCAUGUGCCGUCGGUGCUGCAUAUAGACGGGGAGUUUGAGAGGCGCUGGAACAAGCUGACCGGGGUCGAGAAAUCGACGCUGGACGAACGGUGGUAUACUAUGGCGAGCUCGAUUGUAGCCAAGUCCAAUGGAUCGAAAUUGUAA